ACAAAAUCAUUGACCAUUGAAAAAUCAUUUCAAAUCAAACAAUAAAUCACAAUUCAUCGAAAAUUCCUAUCAUCCACCCAUUCACAUUGAUUUCGUAAUCGAAUUUGAUCUUCCUUCUUGAAAUGACCGAAACACCCCCACUGAUUUUCCACCGUUCAAUUAACCUAGACACAAAAAUGUUUUAAGUCGAGGGGUAUUUUAGUCCUUAUAGCAGGAAUGUGAAAAUAUAAAUCCCCAAUUAAGACAGUAUUUUCCAAAUUUUGGCGUUUCUUCAAAGCUGAAUUCCGCUACUGAAAGGGUUUGAGAAUAUGGGCUCUCUAAGCAAGGAUCCGAGGGAGGAGGUUAUUCAGGCGUGGUACAUGGAUGACAGUGAUGAAGACCAGAGGCUUCCUCAUCACAGAAACCCGCAAGAAUUUGUGUCCUUUGAGAAACUUGAUGAGCUAGGAGUGCUUAGCUGGAGGCUUGAUGCUGACAAAUAUGAAACUGACCCAGAGUUGAAGAAAAUUCGUGAAGAACGUGGAUAUUCUUAUAUGGACUUUUGUGAAGUUUGCCCCGAAAAGCUUCCAAACUAUGAAGAGAAAAUCAAGAACUUUUACGAAGAACAUCUUCACACUGAUGAGGAGAUCCGGUAUUGUGUUGCUGGAAGCGGUUAUUUUGAUGUGCGUGAUCGUGAUGAAGCUUGGAUCCGCAUCUGGGUGAAGAAAGGGGCAAUGAUUGUUCUUCCAGCUGGAAUUUAUCACCGCUUUACACUUGAUUCAGACAAUUACAUCAAGGCGAUGAGGCUAUUUGUUGGUGAUCCUGUAUGGACCCCUUUCAAUCGCCCUCACGAUCAUCUCCCUGCAAGGCAAGAAUAUGUUGAUAACUAUGUGAAGAAGGCAGCAGUUGAUGCUGCAGCUUGAAACCUGUCUGAAACUUGAAUGUGUGGUUGCGUUGGCACGAGCAUACUGGAAUCGCUGCUUUCGUGUAAUAUAAUGAGCUCGAAAUAAUAUAGGAAUCGCGAGGCUAAAAUUUGUAAUACGAUGAAUGCUUGAAUGAAUGAUCCUAGGAUAUGGAUGCUUUUGAACAAUUGUUGUGUGUUUUGCAAUAUCUGGAUAAUGUAACGCUACAUCAUAUGUCAUGGUAUUGUGUGUAUCCUAGUAUUUAUUUAAGGCCA